CUGGUGCAGAUGACCCACAAUCAGCGACCUCUGACCUCCGACUGGUGUUUUAAGCGGGAGACGUGUAGUCCGUGCUCCAUGACACGUCACAGUCUGGAUUCUGACACCGGCAGGGCCCUCAGCCUGUCUCUGAGCACUCUGGACUCUCCUCCCCAUCUGAAGUGUCCCAAGAAGCUUUGCCUGGUGUGCGGUGACGUGGCCUCUGGGUACCACUAUGGGGUGGCCUCCUGUGAAGCCUGUAAGGCCUUCUUCAAACGUACAAUCCAAGGUAACAUUGAGUACAGCUGCCCGGCGGCCAAGCAAUGUGAGAUCACCAAGCGGUGCAGGAAAUCCUGCCAGUCCUGCCGAUUCGCCAAGUGUUUAAAGGUCGGGAUGUUGAAGGAAGGAGUGCGGCUGGACCGGGUUCGAGGCGGGAGGCAGAAAUAUAGAAGAUUUUUGGAGUCAGGUGGUGGCAUCAAUGGGGCCCAGAUGCUGCCCAACCAUAAGAAGCCAUACUCACGGAUUUCGGUUCUGUCACAACUUCUGAUGGCCGAACCAGAGAAGAUUUACGCUACGCCGGACCCCAACCUCCCCGAUACGGACGUUAAGGCCCUGAGUAUCCUGUGUGACCUCGCUGACCGGGAGCUCGUGCUGACCAUCGAGUGGGCGAAACAUAUCCCAGGCUUUUCCUCACUGUCCCUCGCUGAUCAGAUGAGUCUCCUACAAGGGACGUGGAUGGAGAUCCUGCUGCUGGGCGUUGUGUUCCGCUCUCUGCCGUUGCGGGAUGAGUUGGCGUAUGCGGAGGAUUAUGUCAUUGAUGAGAUAAGGUCCCGCCUCUGCGGCCUGCACCACCUCUACCUCUGCACCCGCCACCUCGUCCACAAAUACCGCCACCUCCGACUGGACAAAGAAGAGUACGUCACCCUGAAGGCCUUGGUGCUCACCAAUUCUGAUUCGCUGCACAUAGAGGACGUGCGGAGCGUGCAGAGCUUGCAGGACCUUCUCCAGGAAGCUCUGCAGGAGUACGACAUCACCCAUCACCGGGACGAGCCGCGCAGAGCCGGGCAGCUCCUGCUCACCCUCCCACUUCUGCGCCAGACUGCUGGCAAAGUGGUGCUGCACUUCCAUGGGGUGAGAGCUCGGGGCACCGUGCCCAUGCACAAACUAUUCCUGGAAAUGCUGGAGGCAAAGUGUGAUCUUCAUGUAUGAGCAGCUCAGCACCUGUACAGAGGGUGGGGUAUAAUAGGGGCACCUGUA